CCAGGCGCGCUCCCGAUGGCGGCCGACGAUGCAGCAGCCGCCCAGGCCGCGGAGGACCGCCGCCUCGCAGUUGAGGCCGAAGCCCGCCGUGCUGAAGACGCCCGCCGCGCCGAAGAAGCCCACCUUCGUGCUGCCGCUUUGGACGAGUUUGAGCGCGCCCAUGAGGCCCUCUGGGCGCAAGCCACUGCCGUCGUCAACGUCAAGGCGCUCAUCCCUGUCAUCCUCGACCAGGCAACGAACACCUACACCAAGUGGCGCGGCAUGUUCAUCACCGUCCUCGGCAAAUACGCCCUGACUCGUCACGUCCUUGAGGAUGAAGCCUUCCCAUCACGCCCGGCGUGGGUUCAAGCCGAUUGCUGUGUCUUGACAUGGAUCUACAGCACCAUCUCCGGCGACCUGCAACAAUCUCUGAUGAUGCGGCAGGGCCUUGCUCGCGGGGCGUGUGAAAGAGAAAUGUGCCCUUGGGCCAUUUCUAAGUAUUUUGGUGAUUGUGUGCCAACCCAAGUGCUGAAAUGUAAAUCUAUGGAAUCCCGGGCGCUUCUACUUGAGACAAAAUUCCGCAACUUCCGCCAAGAUUCCUUGAGCAUCACUGACUACUGCCGCUAG